AUGCACUGGUUUAUGUUCGACUUUGUGCCUGUGGAACUUUUACAUUCUAUUUUCGACUAUCUUUGGACUAAUGAAAUCCUUAAUUCAUUUCUAAAUAUAAAUGACUAUCUUGAUAAUGUCAUAGUGAACUGCAAUGGCUCAUUUCUCAACUUUCAUUCGAUUUCCAGACCAUUAUUUGAUCUCAUUUGCCGUCGUCUACGACCAAAUCACGUAAUCUCACUCGUCUUAUCAGAUAGUAAUGAUACACCAGGUCAAUGCCAACUACUUUUCUCUCGUUUUUCAAUUGAACAGUUUAGUCAUCUCCGUGCACUUACGCUGAUUAAUAUCGACGAUGACAGUGAAUCAUUUUUUACUGGUCUCGAUAAAAUUGAAAGUCUAAAAUUCCUUGAAGUAACGCCAAAACAUUAUAAUCGAUAUCUCCAAAUUAUGCCUAAACUCGUACGAUUCGUUGUAAAAUAUCAGUAUGUUGUUUAUUUUGAAAGUUUUAUUUAUAUCACUCGAAUUCAACUACUUCACCUGCGUCAUUCAACUUUAACAAAUUGUUCAUACUUCAUACUCAAAGAUAUAUUUCGUUAUGCACCAAUGCUCGUCUCACUUAAUAUUUCAAUUAUGUUUGAGAGUCGUGAACAGAUCGAAAACUUUGUUACUAUCAAUCAUGGAAAGUCACCAAUUCAUCUCAUUAGUCUCUCUGUGUCGAUUGAUGUCUUUAGUGGUUACAACUGGUCAAGUGUAAUUAUUUCCCGUAAUCAUGUAGAACAAUUUCUCGUGCAUACGCCUCGUCUACGACAACUUGAACUUAUCGUUGACUGUGAUGGAAACAACAAUCUUAGUUAUGGUGAUCGCUGGGAAAGGUUCAUCGUUGAACGAUUACCACGACUUAGAACUUUUUAUUUCAAGUUUAAGUUAGAAAACGUCUAUCGUAACGAACAGACUGUACUUGGUCAUUUUCACACUCCAUUUUGGCUGGAUAAACAUCGACCUUGGUUUGUAGCAUACGAUCGACAGCGUUCACUUUUAUUCACCGUACCUCACUUUGCUCAUCGCUCAAUUGCGUAUUCUGAAAUGCCAGUAUUACCUCACUCGACAACACUGCCCAUCGAACAGCAUGCCCGACUUUAUAAUAUGAUUACCGAACUCACAUUUGAUUCGAUAAAAAACGAACCAGAUUAUUGCUAUAAGGAAGUAGAAAAACUUGUGCUCAUCGGUCUCGAAAUCAACAGGGCAUUGAUUGAUCUUUCUCGAGUGCAAUAUUUAAGUGUAAAUUCAUCUUCAUGGUCAUUAGACAUGAUUGUUCAACUCAUUUGGUAUUCGAUGCCUUGCCUUCAUUAUCUCAGUUUCAAUUGUAGAUUGUCUUUAAAAUAUUCGAAUUCUAUUAUUCCUCUAGAACAGAUUCGUAUUCUACAAAUGCCCUUCUUUGCUUACUCAGCAAAUAAUGAGAAUUUUGAUUGGAUUCAACUUUUUCCACGUGUUGAACGAUUAUCGAUUACCGUGAAUAGUUGUCAUGAAUUGGCAAUUUUAAUUGAUCAAUUCAAUAAUAUCUCCUAUGCUUCAUUUACUGUUAAUAAUUCUUGCAUUAAUGUUAGAAGAAAUUUGUGGGAGCCUCGAAUAACACGAGAAUGGCUUGUUCGAAAUACACGCCGACUGACAACAUUAGACAAUAAUAGUUUUACUUGUCGAUUUGACAAUAAUAACAUAUUUAAAGUGUAUCUAUGGAUCGGUGAAGAUUGUAAACAACAAACAACGGUAUGUCAUUGUAGCUGA